CUAGACUAAACUUCAAAUUUACCUCGUAACUAUAAAUUCGGAUAAUUGCUAAUAAACACAGCCAUAUAAUAGGUGUAUGAAAAGGAUUAAAAUUGUUGUUGUGAUUUAUGUGAUAUAAUUGCGAAAAAGAAAAAAAAAAAGGGAAACAAAAAUAAACUAAUAAAUAAAUAAAGAAAAAAGAAAAUGGCACAAAGUAAUGAAAAUUUACGACGUUCCACUAGAAUAAAGGCGCUCAGUAAAUCUGAAAACAUUGAAACGGAUAAAGGAAAUCUUCAGGAUAAGUUGAUUGAUUCUACAAUAAGAGAGAAAGAUCUAUUGCAAGAAGAAAUAAAGGAACAAAUUGAAACUAUUGAUAAGGAUAUACAUAAAUCUAUUGAAUUAUUUAGUGAAAAUGAUGUUAGUGGUAAAAAUAUGUAUCAGUUUGAAACGCCUAAGAAAGAUGGUAUGGUACAAAAGGCAUAUUUGUCUCGUAAAUCAUUUGAUAUGCAAAAGACUCGGAUAUACAAAGAUAAAACUAACAAAGACACUGAUGUAAAGAAUAAUACUAUUAAUAAGUCAAUUAAUAAAAGAAAAACUCUUCCUGAAAUAGAGAUAAUUUCAAGCGACAGCGAGAGUGUAUCUGAAGAAAGUGAAUUUGUACCUUCAGAGGAUGAAACAAGUACGAAAUCAGAGUAUGAAAGUAGUGAUUAUUCUGAUAUAAGUAAUGAUGAGAAUUUUAGCAAACAAAGUAAAUUAAAAACUAUACAAAAUAGAUCUAAUCUAGAAUCUAAGUUAAUAACUACUCCAAGAAGAUCACAGGCCAAAUAUAAAACUCCUUGCAAAGAUUAUCAUAUAAAAACUGAUGAAUAUUUUGAGAAUCAAUCGCAAAAAGUUGUUACAUCAAAUCAUACGCUUGGACGUCUUCGUAAUUCCCGUUUUACCAGAGAUAAAUUACAAGAAUUAUUAGGAAAUCAAAAUCAUAUCACAGAAGAACAUAAAAAGCUUAUCUAUUCUCUUUCAGAAGAUUAUCGUGAAUUCUUUCCCAUGUGGUACUUCAUUAUGGAAGAAGGAUAUACUUUGUUGUUGCACGGUUUGGGAUCAAAAAGAAAUUUAAUUAAUGAUUUUCAUAAUCAAUUUAUUUCUAAUCAUCCAACUUUAGUAAUCGAUGGCUUUUUUCCCAGUUUAACAAUAAAAGAUAUUCUUGAUGGUAUAAUAACAGAUAUUUUGGAAUUAAAUGUACCAGCCAAUAUAACAGAAUGUAUUGAACUCAUUAAGAAAAUAUUAAAGAAGAAUCCAAAGGACCGAUUAUAUUUAUUAAUUCAUAAUAUAGAUGGUAUAAUGUUGCGCUCUAACAAAGCACAGGAUACGCUUAGCACUCUUGCCAGAAUAUCAAAUCUUUGUAUAAUGGGAUCUAUUGAUCAUAUAAAUGCACCGCUUUUAUGGGAUCAUAUGAAGCAUUCAAAGUAUAAUUUUUAUUGGUGGGAUGCUACAACGCUUUUGCCAUAUGAAGCGGAGACUUCUUAUGAGAGUUCCCUAUUAAUACAACACAGUGGAGCUCUUGCUUUAUCAUCGCUUCGUAAUGUAUUCCUCUCUUUGACAUCGAAUGCUCGAGCCAUAUAUAAACUCUUAAUACAGUAUCAGUUGGAUAAUAGUAAUACUAGUGAUUUCUCAGGAAUGGCAUUUAAAGAUUUAUAUCGAAUAUCACGAGAAGGCUUUCUCGUGAGUACUGAUUUAGCUCUAAGAGCGCAACUAACAGAAUUCAUAGAUCAUAAAUUAGUACGAACGAAACGUAACAAGGAUGGUACAGAAUGUCUAAUAAUUCCACUUAAUAAUAAUUUGUUGAAACAAUUCCUUGAACAACAUGAAAACUAAAUGUUUAUUAUAUAUAUAUAUAUAUAUUUAUUUUUAUACAUUAAGCCAAAAUAAAUACAAUUUUAUAUUUUA